AUGAAAAUUCGCGCGAGGACUCGAAUUAUUUCUCUACAUCAAAGCAAUCUCAACUUUACCAAAGAAAAUAUCACCGUGGUAUUAACCAAACCGGAAAUAAAAUCGUUAACGAUAAAAAGGGUUGAUUACACUCCAUCGAGUGAUUUAUACAAGAUCACUUUAACAAAAAAAUUACAAGAAAAUGAUUUAAUUGAUAUCACCAUCGAUUAUUUAGGGGGAUUUGGGGAAAAUCAAGGAUUUUACAAAUCUAAAUAUAUCGAUGAGUAUGGAACUGAAAGAAUACUUGGAUUGACGCAAUUUCAACCGAUUUAUGCAAGAAGUGUUUUCCCCUGUAUCGAUCAACCGGAUAUGAAGGCACUUUUUACUAUCAAUAUCAUAAGAUCGUCGACUUAUUCAUCGAUUUCAAAUACACCUUUAGAAUCGUCCAAAAAAAUUGGGGGUGAUUUAUAUCAAGAUACUUUUAAACCAACACCAUCACGUUUACCACCUCACUUGAUCGGUUUUGUUAUCUCCCAAUUAAAAAUUUGUUAUAUGGAAAAAAUUGAUUAUGUAGCGCUUCCAGAUAAAUUUUUUCAACCUGGAAUUGUGGAUAAUUUUGGUUUGGUUUUUCUUAACGAAGAAUUAAUGUUUUAUAAUGAUCAAUUAAACAGUCCCCUUCAAAAACAAUCAACAUUAUUAGCGAUUACACACGAACUCGUUAAUCAAUGGUUCGGACAUAGCGUUAUUGCAAAUUGGUGGGAUAAUAUAUGGUUAAAUAAAGCCAUUGAUACAUUUUUGGAAUAUUAUUUUGCAAAUGAAGUUGAUCCCGAUAUGUAUUUAAUGAACCAAUUUGUAAAUAGAGUACAUCAAAAAGGAUUGGAAUUGGAUUCUGAUAUAAACACAAAAUCUUUAAGCUCUCCCAUUGGAAGUUUCAACGAAAUCGAAAAGCUAUCUCACUCUUUAACACACUAUAAAGGAGCUGCGUUAAUGAGAAUGAUCAGUAAUUUUAUUACCAACGAUGUGUUUAAUUGCGCCCUUCACAUGCACAUGAAAAAUAAUUAUUAUUGGGGAGCAACUUAUCACAAUUUUUUGAGCUCUAUCGAGAAUUGUGUGAAUAAGUUAUCGAAUUAUAAAAAAAGAUCUCUUGGUUUUGAUGAAAAUAAGGUUUUACUUCAAACUGUUAUGAAUCGAUGGUUUUUUAAUGUUGGUUAUCCAGUGGUAACUGUAGAGAGAGACGAAGAUAAUAAUGUUAUUCUAUCGCAAGAUCGAUUUUUAUCAAAUAUUCCAAUAUCAAAAGAUGAAACAUUGUGGCCAAUUCCAAUAAAUUUCGCCACUUUUGAUAAAUUAAGUUUUACUGAAACGAAACCCCAGUUUUGGUUAACAUCUCGUAUUGAAAAAUUGGUUUUCAACAACGUUAACGUAAAUUUAUCGCAAUCGAUAAUUUUGAAUAAACAAUCAACGGGUUUUUAUAGAGUGAAUUAUGACGAGAAAAACUGGAACGAUAUAAUCGGAUUAUUUAAAUCGUUAAAAGAAGAUGUUGAGAGAAUUGACGUUUUGAAUAGAGCCCAGUUUAUCGAUGAUUCUUUCAAUUUAGCCAGAUCUGGAAGGCUCAAUUAUACAAUUCCGUUUAGACUCGCGUUGUAUUUACAAAAUGAAACAAAAUCGAUUCCUUUUACAUCGUUUUUUAAUGUUAUUGGGCCUAUUGAUAAAUUAAUGGGUAAUUGCGAGAAUUAUAACAACUUUGGGAGUUAUAUUAAAGCAGUUUUAAAGAAGCCUUAUCGUAGAUUGAAAGAAUUAAAUCUUAAAGCUCACACCGUACAAUUUACUUUCGACAAUGUAAUUUAUUGGUUAGGUCGAGUUAUGGGCAGAGAAUGCAUCACCGAUGCUCAUAACCUAUUUAUGAAUACCAAUAUAACUAAUAUUCCACCUUAUCAACAAAGACAAAUUUAUUGUGGUGCUAUGAGAAAACCGAUUAGAUUAAGUUUUAAAAUAGAAAAAUUAUAUAGCAUAUUAGAUAACGAAAAUAUUGAUAAACAACAAAAAGAGAGAGCUCUCGAAGGAUUAGCUUGCUCAUUGAGAGGAAAUUUCUUAUGGGAAUUAUUAACACAAACAAUAAACGAAGAAAAUGAAUACAUUUCACAUCAUAAAGAGGACGUUUUUUAUACUGUUUUAUCAUCUAGUAAUAUUGGUUUAAACGUAGUGGUAAAAUUCAUCGUUGAGAAUUUCAAUAUUAUUAAAGCAACGUUUGGAAAAAGCGUUGGUAAAUUACUGGAAAAUAUAGCUUUAAAUAACGCUAAUAGAAAUCACGCAUUGUUGUUAAGUAGAAUUGAUGACGACGAAUAUUACGAGGACGUUGUAAAAGCCAUUAAUACAAUUACAGAAAACGAAAAGUUUUACAACGAAAAACUUCGAGUGCAUUGUCAACGAUUUCUUGAAUUAUAUCCUAGAAGUUCUAGUUUUGUCUGUUAUAUCUCUUUUGAAGGGAUGAUUAUUAUAGUUAUGUUUGUAUUUAUGAUUUCAUAA